AUGAUCAAAAACAAAUCCGUUGUCGUUCCAGAAGUCGAAAAGAUCAUCAACUACCAGUGCAAUAAUCCUGAAUUGUGUUGGGAGGCGCUUCAAGGCAAACAGCCAGGGAAAUACCCCGAGGGAAACAAACGCCUGGCAAUGAUCGGAGAUAAAUCGAUGGCGCACGCUCAGUUGAAGGAAUGGUAUGGUACAGGAACAAGCACAGAGGCUGGCACCAUGAUUGUAUGCACCUUAGGCGCAAACUCGCACCUUAUUAGGCGUGGGAAGCAGCUUGGCCUGGACAAAUUCAUCAAUCCAAGCCCUUCCCAGAAAGGAGUUGUGAACGACAGCUUGGUUGCUGAUACGGUGGAGGCACUGAUCGGUGCCGUCGAGAUGGAUGGGGCGACGAAGGAAGAAUUGGAGGAGGUUAUGAGAAGACUCGGCGUUCUUUGA